UUCGAUGUAUAAUCUGAUGAGACGGAAAAGUGAUCGCUUAUGAAUUGUAACUAAAUUUUAUCUAUGACUAAACUGCUGUAAACUAUUGAUCGUAAUACCCUAUCUUCCAAAAAGUAUUUAAAAUUAAAGAAAAUAAAAAUGGGAUGUGAUGGUGGAACUAUACCGCGCCGAGAUGAACUUGUACGCACUGCAAAAAAACCGGAGCAGAAAGAUAAAGAUGCUGAACGCGAAUUUCGCUGGUUACAUUGCGCUCUUACUCAAGAAUAUUUACGAGAGCCAAUUGUAAUGUGCGGUUUUGGACGCUUGUAUUCUAAACAAAGCAUCAUUGAGCAAUUGUUAGAAAAGGAAAAGAAGCCUGAAUCUAUCAAACAUAUUCGUACCUUAAAAGAUAUCAAAACACUUAAGCUUACCCCGAACCCGGCAUACACAGCUGAAGAUAAAACAGAAGGUUUAUUAGAUACUCGUCAUGCUCCUUACGUAUGCAAGUUAAUAGGCCUUGAAAUGUCAGGAAAAUUUAGAUUUGUAUCUUUAUGGACUUGUGGAUGUGUAAUAUCGGAACGUGCCCUUAAGCAAAUCAAACGAAACGAUAAUGGGGGCAGUGCAUGCCCUCUCUGUUUGGAACCUUUCAGUGUUGAAGAUGUGGUCGUAUUAAAUGGGUCCGAAGAAGAUUUAGAAUUAAUGCAAGCAAAAAUGGAAAUACGUAAUAUAAAAAGAAAAUCUAGUAAAAAAGAUAAAAAGUCUCAAAAUAUUUCGGAUAAAUCAAAUGUUGGGAAAUUAUCAAUUGAGGAAACCUUUAACGAUGAAAAAAAACAAGAUUUUGAAAAAGGACAGAAAUGUAAAAAAAUUGAAUAUCUUAACGACAACACUCCCUCCACAAGCAAAUCUUUAACGAUUGUGCCAAAAAAACUAAAGCGUUCGGUUGUGGCUGAAAAUGCAUUAGAAGAUCCCGAGUUAAAGCGUUUAAAGAAUGACUAUAGUGUUGCUAAAGAUCCAAAAGCCAGCGAUGUAUAUAAAUCAUUGUUUACAACACAUAGAAGCGAAAAGGAACAAUCACGAGCGCACUGGGUCACAUACAAUCCAUUCUACAAUUAGUUGUUAAAAUCUAGUUACAAAGAAUUAAAUAAGUUCCGGGCCCGAUUCCGAUGACUUU